GCGCGGCUUUGCCGUUCCCUCCCGGCGGCUCUAUGGGCGGGGCGGAGGGGACGGCAGCGGAAGUGAGGGCGUUUGGUGCGCAUGCGCUGAUCUCCAUGGCGAGGGAAGGGGCGAGCGCGACGACGGGGAGGCCAGGGUUUCGGCGAAACGACUCUGAAGAAGCAAGGGGGGAAAGCAGAUGCUAAUCUUCUGAUGCAUAACAGAGUGAAGAAAUGAAGGGGCAGCAGAAAGUGACGGAGACAGAAGAGGGCACGGUGCAAAUCCAGGAAGGUGCAGUGGCAACCGGGGAAGAUCCCACCAGCGUGGCCAUCGCCAGCAUCCAGUCGGCCGCCACCUUUCCUGACCCCAACAUCAAAUAUGUCUUCCGGGCAGAGAACGGGGGCGCGCAGCUGAUGUACAGAGUAAUUCAGGUGGCUGAGGGGCAGCUGGACGGGCAGACGGAGGGCAGCGGGGCCAUCAGCGGCUAUCCCGCAGCACAGUCCAUGACGCAGGCAGUCAUCCAGGGCGCGUUCACGAGCGAGGAUGCCGUUGAGACGGAGGCGACAGCCACGGAGACCCACUACACGUACUACCCGGCCGCCGCGGUGGCCGAUACCAGCACAUCCGCCGGGGCAGGGACCACCGCCACAGCGGUGGUGACGACCCAGAACUCGGAAGCCCUGCUGGGGCAAGCCACGCCCACCGGCACAGGGCAAUUUUUUGUCAUGAUGUCACCGCAGGAGGUUCUGCAGAGCGGGACGCAGCGGUCCAUUGCGCCCAGGACUCACCCCUACUCGCCGAAGUCGGAAGCUCCACGAACGACCCGGGAUGAGAAACGCCGAGCGCAGCACAACGAGGUGGAGCGCCGGCGCAGGGACAAGAUCAACAACUGGAUCGUGCAGCUGUCCAAGAUCAUCCCCGACUGCUCGAUGGAGAACACCAAGUCCGGGCAGAGUAAAGGAGGCAUCCUGUCCAAAGCCUGUGACUACAUCCAGGAGCUGCGGCAGAGCAACAUCCGCCUCUCGGAGGAGCUGCAAGGCCUCGACCAGCUGCAGAUGGACAACGAGGUCUUGCGGCAGCAGGUGGAAGAGCUGAAGAACAAGAACCUGAUCUUGCGAGCGCAGCUGCGUCAGCACGGGGUGGAGGUCAUCAUCAAGGACACCCACUGACCAGCUGUGGGCGAGGAGGAACCUGCUCAGGCCGAUUGCCCCCUCCAGCACGGCAGAAGAUGGGGGCUCCCUGCUCCACAGGUGCUUCCAAGCCAGGCUCCACCUCUGUUGUACAGACCCAGACGACGGCGCCGUGGGUCUGGGACAAGGGCUCUGCUCAGGACACUCGCCUCUGCCUGUCCCAGACUGGCCUCGCCCCUCCGAGUCAGACAAAGUACUCCUCAUUUAUAUAGCCCUCCUCGAUUUCCAGGCUGCGUCUUUUCUUCCCGCCCCCGUUUUUCUCAGCAGCACCUCACAACUGUGUGCAGAACCGUGCCGCUGGGCAUGUGCGCACAUGCAUGCGAUACCACAGACACCUUGCACGCCCUCCCCUCCCCUCCCGCCCCGGUGCUCUGAAGCGCCGCUCAUCCCCCGGGCAGCGGCUUCUGGCAAGCAGUGGGACUGAGUGCUGCCCUGCCUGCGCCCCGUAACGUCUCUGCCCCCCCCCAGUUUCUCCCCCGCCCCACCUGGCUUACGCCUCGCCAGUCACCUGCUGCCUCCUGGCCUCUCCUCUCGGCCUCCUUGGGCCCGAUCCCCUCCUUCCCAGACGGAGGACUGCAGCCCGCCCCGGCUUCGUGGUUCCUGCAUUCAGUGGCUGGCCGGGUGGCUUGUCCUUCCCUCGCAGAAUGUGGACGGGCACUCUGAACUGACUGGCCACGCUCCCACUCUUUGCUCUGCCCCCAGAAGGUAAACCUGCUCUGAGCCGUGGGCACUGAAUGCUGGGGGGUGCGGGGGAGCCAGUGCAUGGCUGGCCCCACUCUCGGUGGGGGCUGGGCUGCUGGUCAGGAUGGUGGUUCAUUCUCUUUUUAAAAAAAAAAAUAAUCUCUGAAUUUUAAAAAAGGAAACUAACUGAAAA